AUGGCUACUACUGAAGCACCACCAGCGUAUCAAGGUGCUCCUCCUUCUACUGGUGCUCCUCCUUAUACUGGUGCUCCACCGUAUGGUGCUCCGCCAUAUGGUGCUCCUCAAUAUGGAGGAGGAGCUCCGAUUAUUAUCAUGCAACAACAACAGCAACAACAACAACAGCAACAGCAACAACCACAACAGACAGUUAUUGUGCAACGAAGAGGCACCAAUCAUGGUAUAUGUUGCCUCAUUUGUUUACUUACGGGAGGAUUUAGUUUACCGUGUUGGAUUUAUGCUUGCAUCACUGACUAG